AUGGACAUUGCCCCUACGCCUUCUUCAAACCCGGUCGCUGCUCCAGCUCCAGUUAAAGAGGCCCAGUCUGAUGCCAGCCCUUCAACCCCCGAUGCUGCACCUGCCCCUCCUGCAGCCUCGUCCACCCCAGCUGGAGUUCUAAGCAACAUUCACUCGUUGGUUGCUUCGCCCUCACCCUCGCCCUCGCCCGCAUCCUCUCCAGAAAGCAGUGGAUAUGGAGUCUCAUACUCCCCUUACACCGCUAGUGGAGCCUGCAAGAGUCAAGACCAAGUGAACGCCGACUUUGAUUCCAUCGGGGGUGGAUACUCAAUGGUCCGAAUCUAUGGGACUGAUUGCAACCAAGUCUCCACGGUUCUCUCGGCCGCCAAGGCUCACGGCAUGAAGCUCUUCGCUGGUGUCUUCGACCUGGGUUCGCUCAACUCUGAAAUUGAAACCAUCAUCUCGGCUGCGAAUGGGGAUUGGAGCUCCUUUGACACUAUCAGCAUUGGCAAUGAACUCGUCAACUCCGGUACUGCCUCUGCUGCAACUGUGGUCUCCGCUAUUGGUACUGCUCGGGGUCUCUUGCAAGCCGCUGGAUACACCGGGAAGGUUGUUACUGUGGAUACCCUCGUGGCUGCCCGUGCCAACCCAUCGCUCUGCGACGCAUCUGAUUACUGUGCUGUCAACUGUCAUCCCUUCUUUGACGGGACUGUCCCUGCAAGUGGCUCUGGCGAUUUCCUCGUGAAUCAAAUAUCUACCCUCCGAGCUGUGUUGUCCGACCAGAGCAAGGAGAUUGUCAUCACGGAAACCGGCUGGCCAUGGCAAGGAUCGAGCAACGGUGCUGCUGUUCCCUCCCCCGCCAAUCAGGCCGCUGCCAUUAGCUCAAUUAAGGGUGCUUUCAGCUCUAAUCCAUCUGCUGUUAUUCUGUUCACGACCUUCAACGAUUUGUGGAAGACCAACAGCGCGGCUCAGUUCUUCGCCGAGCAAUACUGGGGUUUCCUCGGUUAUGCUCCUUCCGGCUAA